AUGCUGCUUCAGGACGAUCGCGCCUACUUUUUGCAGCUGUUGAAAGCUGUUUUAAAGCAGGAACGCAUCGCCGGUUUGCUUCUUUCUUCAUCCACCAGCAGUUCAAGUUCUGGGAAAAAUAAGAGCGCCAGCGCCUUUGCGAAAGAAGUUUUCCAAAAGAGGUUUUUCGACGAUGCCGAAUGGCGCGGGAAACUGGUUCUGGCAGUGAAGGAGCUGGACGACCGUUUGGACAAUACGGUACAAGGUGUCGUUUUGCCGCUCCUUCUGGCCGAGAACGAUCUUCGAAACUAUUACGACGCAAUCAGCGAGCUCUUUGGAGGUGCGGCAAAGGACGAGGAAGCAGUUCAACAAAAACGCUCGGAGUGGAUGUGGAGGCCAGUCUUUGACUACUUGGCGUCGGCUAGUACUGGUGGUGAAUCGUCCCUCCGGGGCCAAUCUGCAAAGACGCCGGUUUCGUUUUGGAGAAACGAUGGGUUUCUGCCGCAGAUCAAACCUUGCGAGGAAAAGCUGCGAACCGACAUGCAGAACUGCACCCAGCAGCUACCAGUCCUUCGACUUCUGAAGGAUCUCAUUCCUUUUUACCAGGACUUUUGCGUCGACGUUGCGAGGAAAAUGUGCGGCGAGGGAAAAAUUCUCCCGGAAAUAAUAAUCACUUCCGGUGCAGCCGCGGUGGAAGGAGACGGUGCACAGCUACAAGAAAGCACACAAUCGUUCUCGGGAACAAGAAGAAUGCUUGCCUUGGUGCAUGCGAUGAAGAAUUUCUACGGCGACCGGGCACUGAGCGCAUCGGGUGUGAAAGUUUUGGCCGCAUUCUUGAGUAUACCUGAACUGCUUUCCCAUCUAGAACUUUCCUGGUUUUGUUGCAAGGAGAACAACGCGACGAGCAUCAACAUUGAGCAGCAGUUCGUGUCGCUUCUACACGACCCCGAUGGCAAAGCACAAGAAGUACUUCUAGCCGAGGUGAGCAAUCAUUCCGUUGCGAGCUCUUGGCUUUUCAUCUCCUCUUUGUUCCUCGUGUCCGGGUUUUCGACUCCUGCCGCCGAUCGACGAGUCGUUCUCUCUGCUGUGUCAAAGGCGUUGCAAGACGCGUCACCGAAGAAGUUGUCCGGGGAAGUAGAGGGCAUCGCUACGUCAACUCCACCACAAAGAACACCAGCCGCUGGUAUUUUCUCAGAAUUUUUCUGUGAAGCAGCUACGGAGGCAACCCGCAUCAGCUGUGCGGCGGAAAGAACCCCUACGUCCUCCACCACCGCCCAGCAGCGCGCAGCAGACGAACAGUUCUUGACGCAGGUCUAUACGGACAUUAUCACGCAUUGCGAGAACUGGGACGUUGCCCCGGAGAAAGUAAACGAACUUCUGUCUUCCCCGACCGCCGACUACACUACGAACGCUGAGUUCUUGCAGAAGUACAGCGGCAAGCUGUUUGAGAAGGAGAAGCUUCACAUGCUGCUGUCCAAUAUGGUGCAUGUUAAUACCGGCGCGGGAAGGGGGACUACUACUGGUUCUGACGGACCUGCUGAGCCGACAGCAAACGCAGCCUCUCCCGGAGGCUCGGCGCCAAACAAAAAAAGAAAGCUGGCUUUUUCCACCUCCUCCGCGUCAGGAUCGGCAACCGCCGUCGCUCGUUCGACCGAAAUUGAGGGGGUGAUUCGCGGACUGUUCGGCGAACAGAUCACAGCUGCUGCAGGGAAUAAAAAAUCAAGGAGCAGCGACGCCGACGGCGCAGCAUCGCCGUUGCAGCUUCCGCAGUUAGUAAACUCGUACGUUCACGACUAUCCCGAAGUGCUGCU